AUGAUUAGCGAUGGUGAUUUAAGCGCCUACGAAGCUGUUAAACAUACCUAUGUCAAUGCGCUAAUAAAGAAUCUUAUACAUUCUGGCAAAUUUACCAAUCAUUCAUCAAUGGAUUCCAAAGAUGAAAAUAUCAAUAUGUUUUUGUCAAAACUUUCUUCGGAACAAUAUGAAAAUAAUCUUGUUACAAAAGAAGAUUUCGAUGAACAAGAAGAACAAUAUCAACAAAGUUUAAAUCAAUUCGAAUUGCAAUCCUGUACAAGAGAUCAAAUUAAUGGAAUGUCUCUCAUCGAUUAUUUCAAAGCUUAUAUGUUACAUCAUACUAAUCAAAUUAUUGCAGAAAUAUUUCAAAAAUUAACUUAUUUUCGAUUGAACAUGAGUCAUCGUUAUCAACGUUCAUCAUCUGUUAAGGCGGUAGUCGGUGUAUCUCCUGAAGUAACCAUAGAUAUUCUUCAUUGUCCUUUUAAACCAGAAGAACUAUCUCAUCUAUCUCUAUGUCCAAGUUAUAUUCGAUCAAAUCAAAGUGCUCUUCAACCAAUAAAGCAUCGUGAAACUCAAAUAAAAAAUAAUCUCAAAGAUAUAAAGGAUAAAGUUAAACGUCAAUUAACGAACUAUUGUAAAAGAGAACCACCAAUAGCGAGAAUGAAUCAAUAUUCUGAGCUACUUGAAGGUUUACUACGACAACAUUAUUUGACUCCAUUAUCUUAUGCUGAUCGUAUGCGUGCUCAACGAGAAUUCCAAUUAGUCAAGUCUAUUCGACGAAAAGCACAAAGAGCAAAACUUAUUAUACGUGUAUGUGACAAAGGUGGUGGUCUACAUAUUGGCAAUAAAAUUGAUUAUGAAAGAAAAGCAGCUAAAUAUCGCGAUGACACAAAACCCUAUCAAGAAUUAUCAUACAAUCCAUUAAUGGAAAUAUUCACUAAUGUUACAAAUGCAAUCAAUGUUCUCAAGAAUGAUAAACAAUUGAACUUGAAGAAUUAUAAUCGUCUAAUGCCAAAACGAGAUGAUGUCAGGUUAUCUUACAUGUAUUUUAAUCCUAAGCCACAUAAGGCAGGAACACCAUUACGACCCAUUAUGAAUACAAUAAAAGCAGUAACAAGACCUAUUUCUGAUUUCUUAGAUGAAUUAAUUCGACCUAUUUUUGAUCAAUAUAAUAAAGAUAACACAAUCAUCGAUGGUGUCAAUCUCAUUAAACGUCUUGAACAAUAUGCUACUGAUGGUCAUCUCAAAGAAUCGACUCAAUUCUGUACUUUUGAUAUUAACAAUUUAUAUACGAUGCUACCACAAGAUGAAUCCAUACGAAUUCUAGGCGAUUUUCUUCGUCAUUAUGUUGGUGAAAGAAUUCAAGGUAUAUCUAUUACGACUAUUCAAAAAUUGGCAGAAAUUGUUUUAAAAGAAAAUGCUUUUGUCUACGAUCAUAAAUUCUAUAAACAGAUUAUUGGUGGUGCGAUGGGUUCACCAUUUACAUUAACUCUAGCCAAUAUAUUUAUGUGGCAUUGGGAAAAACGAUGGGUUCGACGACAAAAAAGUAAAAAUGAAAUUUAUGGCAGAUAUAUUGAUGAUGUUUUCUUCACAUCGAACGAACCGAUCGAAGUAGUUCAACAACUAUUAAAAGAUGCUAAUGGAUGGCAUCCUAACAUUAAAUUAGAAUCGAACAUUGGAAGCAGUGUCCCAUUUUUGGAUAUUCUCCUGACGAAUAACAAUGGAGUUCUUCAUACGUCCGUUUAUCAUAAACCAUCAGCUGAACCAUAUGUUGUUCCAUUUAUUUCGGAUCAUCCACGAUAUAUAUUUCAAAAUAUUAUACAAACAGCUCUUGUUCGAGCAAUACGAUAUUCAUCGACAUUCGAAGCAUUUAAUCAUGAACGUCGUGCUAUUCGAUUGAUGCUAUUAUUCAACGGUUAUCCGACCACUUAUAUUGAUAAACAAUUUCGAAAAAUCUUUGGUAAUUACAUAACAUCAAAUUCAAUUUUGCCAUUAAUCAAUAAUGAACACAAAUUUUUUCAACUACGUAAAGAACAUAUGAAACAACCAACCGCUCAGCAUUCACAAGUUGAAGCACGUAUUGCACUAUUCGAACAAAAUAAUAUAGACAAUAUCGUUGAAGAUAUUAUCCCGAUGGAAUCCACAACGACAAACAAACGUAAAACUAACAACGUUCCAGAUAAAGUGAUCAUACAUUAUACUCAUGAGAAACGAUUUACGACCAUGAAAAAAGAUAUGCAUACAAUUUUUGAAAAAUCAUUUGAAGGCUAUGGCUUAGAAGCUGUUAGACUCAUUGUUGGCCAUCGAAACAGUCCAAAUUCAGAACGUGAACUGAUACAUAAACGACCACCUCUCAAAUAUCUUACAUUAAAACAAUGA